UAUGCGAUGGAAAGCAAGAAACAAACUGGAUACCAAGUUGCAUCAGUUCGGCAAGAUGCGAAGCACGGUAUCUGUUUGAUGGGCACCCUAUAACGUCAAAAGAAUACAUGCUCACAUGCACAGGUGAUCUAGACACAACGCUGAGCAACUGCGUCAGAUUACAUGGUUAGAACCGAUAAGGAAAGCAUGAGCAGUAUUCAGCAUACUGAGUCCGUACCUGGCCCUUCAUACGACGAUGAUUGCCGCAGGCAAAGUAUGGGCAAAUGUCGCAAGGGGGACACACAUGCCUUUUCUCAUUCGUUGCCUGGGUUUAAACUUUAGGGAAAUACGUCAAUUGGACCAGCGAAGACGGAGGAAAUUCCGAUGCGAAGAUCUCAUGGGAGCGUGCAAGAGAUAGUCAAACGUGCGUUCCGUGUGUAUGAUUGAGCGCAUCAGAGUGGCCAGGCAUCAGAAAGGUGGAUAAAGCAAGGAUAUUUACUAUUGGAGUGAAGCUAUAUCGGCGGCGAAGAUGGAGACGAAAGCAGCGACGAGGAGAAGAGAGCGUCGGGCGGGAAAGAGGACGUCGGUGGAGAGGGGAUGGUAAAAGGUUAUUCGGUGGGCGGCGCUUAGUCAGCACCCACGUUGAUGGAUAUCGUCAGAGAUGCUUGAGUCUGAGUCUGCAACUUGCUCACAGCCAACGGCUCUGUCCCGCCCAUCAUCUCCUUCACCCCUGCCAUCCGUCAUUUCAAAAAAUAAAACUCAUCUUUCAGAGGGCUCUGCGCUCCCAGUUUGGCCAGAAACGUUGCUUACACGGUCGCCCCAUCUUUCGACGGUCAUAGCAGUAUCAACAGUAUAUAGGAUCCGUACUUACAUCACCCGCCUCUUUCUUCCCGUACCACCUGCACCAGAGAGCCGAGCGUAUCCCUGCUCUCCCCGAUAUCUGUGGUCUGAACAUUGUUUAUGGGACCUCCCUCCGAACCUUCUCGCUCAGAGCGACAAACCUAUCGCUUUCCCUCGUCCUCACAACCCGCUACUUCUUCGCCUUCUCGAUCUUCCUUUGACUCUCUGUCCCCCAGGGAUCCACAGGCCUCGCCAGCAGGCCCUCGUCGUACCACAUCCAACAAGCUUUAUCCCAUCAAGUGGACCACCACUUUUCAGUCCGGGUCCGAUGGCUCCGACACCGAGACUAAAGACAGCCCUGUAUCUCCUCACAAGUCGCGCAAGCGACAGCCCCAGCGCAAGGUUGACAGGUCACUAACUCUCCCCUCGUCACGGACGAAACCCCCCGAGCUACUCUUAUCCCCCUCCCGAGUGACUCGACCCCUGUCUCGGCGGUCGUCUUCUGCUUCGUCCUCAUCUUCCUCUUCUAGCCCAAAGCGUACGGCCCCUCCACAGUCUGCAGGGAUUGGUCGUAAGGUUGCAGCUUCUCUCGAUUUGUUCAAGGAGUCCGUGUCCACCCCUUCGAAAGAGGAGCAAAGUCCGUUUGAGUAUGUACGUCCGCUUUCAUCUUCGUCAAAGCGCAAAGCGGGUGCUUCGCACGUGGAAGCCGUUGCAGAACCUCAGUUUGAGUUCGUCAAGCGUUCAGAUUGGCCGGACAGAGAAGUAGCUGCCGUUCGUCGAGAAAGGAGCGCUACAACUCUCGAGCGUGUUCGUACGAGGGAAAGUACUGGCUCUAAUGUCAGCAUGAGAGGAGGCGAGGAUCGACGAAGAAAAGAAAGGCAGAUGUCCGCGCGCGAAGCUGUCCUCAAUGAUUUACUUCAGUGGCGCGACGCCGUGCUGUCUGGUGAAGUCGGUUCGCGAGGUAGGCGUCGUGAACGUCCUCCAUGGAAUGAUGAAGUCUCCCAGGAUACCGUGGCGGGUUCGCCUACGUCCGAUGCAUCGACUGCCUCUAUUGACACUGUCCACCGUGCGUUACGAAGUGCACCUCUUGAACGUCGUCCGUCUUCUCCCUCGACCCUCCGUUCCCUCUACCAUAAGGCUCCGCCUGAAUCCCCCGUUCGUGCUCCUCAAGCACCCGCUAUUCCUUCUGAACACCCACCAUUGUCCGCAAAGCAUCGCGAACGUCUUCAGUCCCCAACACCUGCGCAAGCAAUCCCGCCUGUACCUCCAGCACCAUCUUAUGUUCUCCCUAACGCUCCAGACUACUCACCUUGGUCAACUGACGAGGAAGAUUCUGCAUGGGAAACCGCUUCCAUCACCUCCACUUCUACCACUUCUGCAUCAUCGCCAUUUCUGCUGUCACCUGCGAGGACAAGCCCCCAACCGCAACCCAUCGUACGACAGGCAAGUGACGAGGAUGAAGAGCAGCAUCAUCGUUCAAUUUUGUCACGAUACGAUGACCUGGAGCUAGGACGUGCUGAUUCUCAGGAUGGCGACACUGGUAGCCUCAUGUCGGGGCCAUUUAGUCUCUCACAGGAGAGUUUGCCGCAUAUACCAUUGCGUCCCUUUCGUAACCAAGUUGGUGGCCAUAGUGCGAUAUACAAGUUCACGAAGAGGGCCGUCUGCAAGCCUCUUGUGUCUAGGGAAAACCUCUUUUACGAAGCAGUAGAACGAGAAGCACCACCCUUGCUAGAAUUCAUUCCACGUUAUCUGGGCGUGAUGCUGGUGAGCUAUAGGAAGGUUCAGCGUGCAACGGCUGUACAAAGCGGCGGUUCUGUUUCGCUCCCUUCCAUCGACUCAACACUAGCCCAUCGUCCGCCUUUACAUAAGGCAGUUUCUGAAUUACCUGUCCCGCCUUCAUUCUCUCGACGUGAUUCCAGUGAAGAGCCUUAUGCUGAUCUUGAAGCUGCAGGUGCCACAGAAUCUGGAGAGGCAGAGCUACCUGAAGUUGCACUUGCGUACAACCGUCAUAUCAUUCCAGAGUGGUUGUUGCAGGGUGGUCGCAAUAGAGCAUGGUCACAUUCCGGAGCUAGUUCCCUUCCAGUCAAUCGCCAUCUUCGCCGUCCGCACUUGAAUGGUUACACUGCUUCUAGUCCAGACCUUGGACUAACUUCCGGUCGUGCCGCCUCAUUCAGUGGGGGUCAGAGGCCUAGUCCGUUGUCGCAGACACAAACCGGUCGAUUCGCUACAGCUCCACCUCCACCUACGAACACACCAGCCAUCCCCUACCAUAUGCGGCGUUCUCGACUGAGGUUUCCAUCUGCGGGUGAUCAGGAUGAGGAAUCGAGGCCAUCGAGUGCCCCAAUAUCCCCAACAUCGCAAUUCGCCAAUCUGUCCUUUGGUGGUACAGGCUCCACUAUGGUAAACACCAGGUUCAAGGACCACGUCUUCAGUACUAUUCUGCGGCGACUCUGCAGACCAAAAGGGCAACCUUCUGUGAGUGAUGUGCGGACUGAAGACGAGGGUGAGAUGGCGGAUGGAGAGGAGGAAGGUGUGCCAAGCGCCCUUACUCGGAAGGGGAGACGAAGGACUUCGCGACGUGUUGAACCACAGCCUCAGGAAGAGGAGGAAAUUGUCCUAGGACAAACCCUUCGGCGCUCCCGAAGCGAGGAGUACCUAGCAGAGCGAAGCAUUGAGCUGCAGCCUGACAUCUUCCAAUUCGAGGAGCCUCUGGAAGCGAAGGUUGAGGAAUCUACAACGCAGCCUCAAGCAGAGGCAUUCCUUUCCCGCGCUCACGAGCGCAGUCGGUCCCGAUCAUUGGACCGGCCGCCUUUCUGUGUAUUCCAACCCCUGCGCCCUGACGACCAUCUGUCUACACCUCUCAGAACACAGCUUCAAGUUGACUCUUCAGUGACACGCCAGAACCAUUUCAUCCUCAUGGAAGAUUUGACAGGACGACUGAAGUAUUCCUGUGUACUUGAUCUAAAGAUGGGAACCCGGCAGUACGGCAUGGACGCCACUCCUGCAAAGAAAAAGAGUCAGCGUAAGAAGUGCGAUCGCACGACUAGCAGGACCCUUGGUGUGAGAGUUUGCGGGAUGCAGGUAAGCUAUCAUUUUUCUGUCACGCUCUCCCAAAAGAGGUCGUCUUCGGUGUUGUCUUCUUGUAUGGAACCAUGUCACGCAGUCCUACAUCACGCAGGAUAAAUACAAAGGUCGCGAAGUUCAGACAGAGGAGUUUCCCGCUGUCCUUGCCUCGUUCCUCCACGACGGCGAGCGCCUCCUGGCCUAUCAGAUCCCCAUCAUCCUGCGCAAACUCUACACCCUCGCACGUAUCGUCAACCGACUGAAGGGAUACCGCUUCUAUGGAUGUAGCUUGCUCAUGAUUUACGACGGUGACCGAGAAGCACAGGAGAUAUUCCGCUCUUCGGUCCUUGAAACCCCCUCCCCCAGAAGCAAACGGGGCGAGUCUCUCGAGCGCCAUCUCAAGGUCUCAACCCCUAUAGAGCCUAAGCAAUCUCGACCAACGUUGCGACGGUCACACAGUGAAGACUUGAUGGUUGGACCAGUCGCUGCUCGUAGCAGCCGUCGACGCAAACGCGGGGAGGUUCAGAUUCGUCUGGUGGACUUCGCCCACACUACUACAGGUCAAGAUUGGCUGCCAUAUCCCCCGCCCGAGCAACGCGAGACGGACGGCAUCACGAGUGGAAAGGGCUACCAGGCCGAUGUGGACCCAGAGACAGGUCUCCUCUAUGCACGCUUUCCCCCUCACUAUCCUGAGCAGCCUGACCGCGGUUUCCUGUUUGGCUUAAUGAACCUUGCCGAAACGUUGGAGAAGAUCUGGAACGAGGAACGCAUCCGACGCAUUAAGGCCUCUCGGGACGACCCAUCUGCCAGUAUUGACCAGCUGCCGCCGUUGUCUACGGAAGGAAAGGAAAUCUUCGAGAAUAUCUUCGGUUCAGCGGAAGUGGGGUUGGAUCUGGGCAUGAUUUCGACAUGAAAAAUCGACGACUCGUUACGUGAUUUUCUUUUUUAAUUUUUUCACCACUCUUGUUGCUUCAUCAUGAUUCUUGAGAAUAUCUUCUUCAUGGCCAUCACUCAUCGGGUUAGCGUUCUCUUUAUCUUGUUGCAUUCUAUUUUCUUCAUUUUCUUAACUGCAUAUUUCUCCCCUCUUACAUAUUUCUGUGUUCCUGCAUUGAACAUAGACUUAUUUAUUCAGAUGUAUCAUACACAAAGUAUCAUACGCGUGCUGUAAUGUGAAUUAUGAUCUUGAGACCUCUUUCAGAACUGAAGUGACGUGGAAGUCUACUUGUCCUCAUUGCAUCG